GUCUCCAUCGCUGCGUCCCAUCCACUUUUUGAAGGGCGAUAUCUGUGCAUCAUGUCUGACCAGGGCGGUAGACAUGGCAAAGCGGGGUCCAUCAUCAACAGGAUACUCCCGUUCACCUUUGCCAUAACCCUCGGACCCAGCGUCACUGCGUCAACAGCCCUAUUCAUUGUGCGCGCAUUGAUGUGCAGGCAUGUGGCUUAUCAACAACAUGAUGUUCCGCUACCGAGCCCCGAUGCUGAGCUGUGUGGAAAUCCGGUUGUUGGCGCGUGGACAGCUAGUGUCAUGACGGGUUUGGCAGUCUUGGACGGGAUAGUCUCCUUCCUCUCCACUUCCUACGUUCGUAAUCUCGCGGACAAAUACGGUCGACGUCCACUGCUGUACACCCUACCUAUCUUAGCGAUGAUAGCGACUUCAUCUCUCAUCGUCGCCUACCUCGUCCCCAAUCCCAUCUUACCUUGGAUUCUCCUCGCUCUCAACGGGAUCUUCAUCACGGCUUCUACAAAAUCUCUAUUCGUUCCUACUCUUCUAGUCUCCGAUGUAGCUGAUGACGAACAACGGACGCGAUACUUUUCCCGAUUGGAAGCUGUCAGUCUCCUGGGUCCCGGCACUGGUUUCAUACUUUCUGCCUUGACUUCACGAUACAGCUCUAUCACCUUGCUGCCUUAUUAUCUUGCACUCGGUUUCCAAUUCUCAGCGUCGGUCUACGCAUUCUUCUGUAUACCAGAGACAAAAGACAUGGGCGAUGACGCCGACUCGGAUUCAGGAGACCAAAGUCAGGAUCACCAUCACCGUCAUCGCGAUAGUGGUCUACCUGAAGCUGUGGAGGAAGUGGUCGAAGCUGUGGUGGACCCUAUCAAGCCUUUGGGCUUGCUGUUGCCCCAUCGUGAUAGGGAGACUGGCAAGUUUGAAUGGCGCUUGACGCUUUUGACAGUCGCUCUACUGUGCAACACUAUUGGAAUCGUCUUCAUUCCCACGGCAUCUCUCCUUUACCUCAGUGACAAGUUUGGAUUCCAGCCUGAGCAGAACGGAUGGAUUCUCGCCUAUCUUGCCCUGUCAAAAUUCGUCUUUGUGCUCCUACUGUUCCCUCUCAUCCAAAAGGGAGGUCGGAAACUGUAUCACGCCUUUCUAGAACGAAGAACAAGAAAUGUCUCAACGUCCACCGAAAGAUCGAGAUUGAUUCAAAGACAGAGCUACAAGAAGAGGGAAGCCAGUAGCGAAGCCAAUCACUUCGAUAUUAUUCUUCUAUUUUUCUCCGUCGGCCUAGAUGCGCUUGCCUUGAUUAUGGUUUCCUUGGCAAACACCCCGAAACAAGCCAUAAUCAGCUAUGCCUUUCUCGCCCUGGGAUCAGGCGAUCAACCGACGUUCAAGUCUGUCUUUGUCAGUCUCGUCCCCGAGGACAUGGGCGGCGAAGCCCUGGCUGCUUUGGACAUGGUCUGGAAUGCCGCGAGAUUGCUGUCACCAUUGAUUCUAGGCACCAUAUACGCUGUCGUUCUAGAAAAGGGUAUGCCGCAAGUCUUGUUCCUUGUCGCCGGGGCGUUCUGUGCGGCUGCAGGAGCAUUUAUCAUCCCCUUGGUAAUCAUAGGCAGGAAACAGCCCUAGUAAUGUAUGUUGUUCGGAC